GUUUUCAGCAUCCCUUUAGCGAAACACGCUAUCUUUGAUUGUAUAAUUUUGAACACCAGUGCACACAGCAUAUUCGAUAAGACGAAAAUAAUGUCUCAGAAGAAAAUUUACAUCUCUGGCCCAGAGGGUUUUCGUUCAGAUUGUGGUGCUACUUAUUAUAAUAAGGGAGGGGAGUUUUUGACUCCAAAACAGGUAAUCCCAAUGAAUUGGUUGGAUAAUAAGGUCUCUCGGGCUCUGAACAUCCGUAACGCCGACAUUGCCCUGCUCGAAGAGUCUGAUGCUAUCAUUGCGGACCUCUCUCCUUUUCGCUCACAUGAGCCCGAUUGUGGAACUGCCUUUGAAGUCGGAUAUGCUGCAGCUCGUGGGAAGCAGAUUCUUGUUUAUACUUCCGACCUCCGCAGUAUGACGGAUAAGUAUGGCGGCAUGAAAGACGCCGACGGGCUCACCGUUGAGGAUUUCUCCCUUCCAUUCAAUUUGAUGCUGUACGAUGGAACUCCGAUAUUCGGUUCCUUUGAAGAGGCAAUUGAGUAUUUUUGCAAAACAUCGCUAUGAAUAGGUAAAUAUUUUUGUGUUUUCUUGUUUAUUGAAAAAAAUUCAAUCUAUUUUGUAGUUUUCAAAUGCUAAAAAGGGUUGAAUGCUGUCGUUGACAUGCAGCAUCCAUCAAGUCUUAAUAUAGUGAUUAAUGUUGAACAAAUAGCGUAAAGAAUUCAAUAGCGUUUUAUUCUUUAAAGCGAUACUUGUAUUUUUCCUUAAUCAUGUGGAAGUAAAAAUAAGAGAGCUGCCGUGUUUUCCUACAA